CAACCCUAACCACACCGUGCGUGGCUGCUUGUCAAGAACAUCAGUCAAAGAAAGCAGAUUCAUGAGAUUUUCAUAGUAUAAUUGUAUAUGUUUGUACUCAAGAUUAUAUAAACCAUGCCGAAAAAUAAAGGAAAAGGAGGUAAAAACAGGAGGAGGGGUAAGAACGAGAAUGAAACUGAGAAGCGUGAAUUAGUAUUCAAAGAAGACGGACAGGAGUACGCCCAAGUCACAAAAAUGCUCGGUAAUGGCCGCUUGGAGGCCAUGUGCUUCGAUGGCACUAAACGUCUUUGUCAUAUUCGAGGGAAGCUAAGAAAAAAGGUAUGGAUAAACCAAGGUGACAUCAUACUGAUAGGCCUACGAGAUUACCAAGACGCGAAGGCAGAUGUCAUCCUAAAGUACACUCCUGACGAGGCAAGGAAUCUGAAGACGUACGGAGAGUUCCCAGAAACAGUGCGUAUCAAUGAGACUGUGGUCUAUUCUGUGGAUGGUCUGGAUGAGGACAUUGAAUUCGGCGAUGAAGUCAGUUCAGAAGAUGAAGCUGAUGCCGUAGAUGCUAUAUGAGAACAUCAACCUCUAUAAUAUUUAUAUUGUUUACUGUAAGUCCGUGUACAUUGUUUCCCUGUUAUGAAUAAACAUGACUUGGUGAUUUUAGUGAUCAAAAUUAUUUCAUGAACCUCAUUUUAAAUUGUCUAGAACUAUCAGCGUAAUACUUUUAUGAAAACUUGUAGUGAAUACUGUACUGUUAUUUAUUUUUAUCACAAUCAACAUCAUAAUAUUGUGCAACAUUCCUUAGAUUAAUCAUUCACCUCUUGUUAUUGUUUCACCAAGUUUCAAGGAAUGUAUAUAAAUUAAACAUAAAAACCACAA